ACUUUUUUAAAAAGACGUCAUAGGUUAUGUCGUAAGGUUGCAUCAGCCUCCACACAUCGAUACCACAAGCCAUCGAUUUGAUCGUUUUACAGACGUUAAUCACAGUUGGACAACGGGAGUGUUCAUUGAUCGUUUUUGGUGCUAACAAGAGACAGAUAGCAAAACAAUAUGGGUGUUCCCGCAGGAGAUGCUGAAAAAGGUAAAAAAAUCUUCGUACAGAAGUGUGCUCAAUGUCACACAAUAGAAGCUGGUGGUAAACACAAAGUAGGACCUAAUCUUCAUGGAAUCUACGGCAGGAAGACUGGUCAAGCUCAAAACUACCAAUACACAGAGGCUAAUAUUUCUAAAGGUAUCACGUGGAACAAGGAUACCUUAUUCGAGUAUCUCGAAAACCCGAAAAAAUACAUUCCGGGAACUAAGAUGGUAUUUGCUGGAUUGAAGAAACCUCAAGAGCGUGCAGACUUGAUUGCUUACAUCGAGAAGGCUUCUAAGUAAAAGAGUGAGGAAAAAAUUCGGACAAGCUUAACUUGAUGAAGAUACAAUACUUCAAAUAGCCCAAAUGUCAUCACACGAAAAGUAAUUGUGUUUUCAGUGUUCAGCUGUUUCGUAAACUGCCUCUCUCUAUAUCAUUCUCUUGAAUCAUCACAGCCCACACGCACUCCUUGAUUUCACUUGGGAAAUAAAUUGUCAAUCGAUUUCAAGGAUUCACGUGUGAGUGUCUAGUAAAAAAUUGUUAAUAAUAAUUAAUAAUAAGUAGAUAAUGAUCAAUAUAAAUGUAUUAAUGCUCGUGUUGAUAAGGUUCAAGAAACUGAAAGCAUGUAGUAUUUCAAGAAAUUCAUUAACCAAACAAAACCAUCAAGAUCCUGGUGAUUUGAUGGAUCACUUUCAUCGUAUUUAUUUUCUUCAAUUGAAUAGCAUGUAAAUCAUUUUCUUUGUUCAAAUUCAAUAACUAAAUAUAAAUUUGUCCAUAAACACACAA